UACCCUUCCUCCAUUUUGAUGAAGCUACUGCAGCAUUCAUUGGCAGUGUACAUUUCCGGGUUAAAAACACUGGUUGAACACUCAUCACUGCUUUAGCAAAUCGUUGCAGCAAUUGAAGGGACGUGAGCUCGAAUGCUAGCGAAAUGUCAAUGGCCAUCUUAAAACGCAAACACACUGAAGAUGAGGGAACUGAGAGCUUCUUACAAACUCAAGUGGUGACUGAGUUUUAGUCUAUCUAAGAACACUGCACACCCAAAAGACUUGAGAGGGUCAGAAUGCCAAUUCCACCCCCUCCCCCUCCACCCCCCGGGGGUCCCCCUCCACCCCCCACCUUCAGCCAGGCCAACACCACCCCACCCAAGCUGAAUCGAGAUGAGGCCAAAGGCAGAGGUGCACUACUCUCUGACAUUCACAAAGGCGCCAAGCUGAAGAAGGUCGGCGUGGUCAAUGACAGGAGUGCACCGGUUAUAGAAAAGUCGAAGGGGGGAGGCAGCAGAGGCUUGUCAGGGGCCGUUCAGCCAAUGGGAGGCCUUUUCCAUGGAGGUGUGCCAAAAUUACAACCAGUUGGAGCCCUGACACCUCCCGGCACGCACUCCUCUGCCCCCCGACCUCUGGGACCGGCUGUUCACCCGAACGAUGCGGACGUCCCAGCCCAGCAGGCCUCUUCCCCGGAGCACUCCCGCUCCCAGAGACCCUCCCUCCCCGACCUGUCCCGCCCCCUCAGCGGAGGCAGCCCUAACAGCGGCAUGAAGCACAGCUCCUCCGCGCCACCACCUCCACCCCCGCUGUCUCGCCGGGGCAACGCUCCACCCGCCCCGACUCAGAAGGCAGCCCCGGUCACACCCUCCUACAACCGGGAGAAGCCGCUCCCGCCAACGCCCGGACAGCGGGGUGCGUCCCCGGCCCCGGUCCGUGACAACGCCCCCCCUCUGCCCGUUAAGCCACCCGCAUCUCCCAACAACAACCGGCGUCCUCCAACGUCGGGGGGCUCCUCUUCCUCCCUGGCUCCGCCUCCUCCGCCGUACCGCCAGGCUAUGACCAACGGACCCUCCAGCCCAGUGAACGAGGCCGCCCCGGAACUGCCCCAGAGACACAACUCCCUCAGCAAGAGGCCAUCGUCCGGACCGGGUCACACUCCGACCCGAGGCCCGGCUCCACCGCCGCCUCCCUCCCCUUCUCCUUCAGGCGGACGCCCACCACCUCCAGCCCGCGAGCCCCCCGGGAGAGGAGCAGCUCCACCCCCACCUGGGUCGACUCAACGAAAUGGGGGUCGGGAUGCCCCUCCUCCACCACCACCCCCCUUCAGAGGUAGCCCCUCAGAGCCCCAUAGCCGGGGAAAACCUCCCCCUCCUCCUCCCUCUCGUACCCCUGCCGGACCCCCACCCCCUCCCCCACCUAUCCGCAAUGGACAUAACUCCAUUUCCCGCUCCUUCGUAGAUGACUUUGAGUCCAAGUAUUCUUUCCAUCCUCUUCAUGACUUUCCUGCACCGGAGGAGUACCGCCACUUCACCAAGAUCUACCCCAGCAAAGCAAACCGAGUGAUGAUGGGAGCUCCUCCUGCGCCGCCUGUGGGAAGGUGAACACUGAGACCACAUCCCUUCUACUGCACAGGAGACCAGGGUUCUACAUUAAUGUCUAUAAACACACUGUACUUUCUCACCUAGGGCCUACACAUAUAUAUACACACAUACACGAACACACACUUCAUAUUAACAUGUACCUACAUGCACCUCAAUUGACAACAUUCCAUCUCGCUUAAACCCCACAACCAUUCGCUCACAUGCUCACACUUGAACGGCCCAGCCGGGUCUUUUGGGUUUAGGGAGGAACAGGUGUGCAUUUCACCUCUGAAGGAAGGGAGGGAUGUUAGAGAAGUGCUACAAUUAUGUUUUAAUUAAUUCUGUGGCCGUAUCACUCCAUUUGAAUUUGGGUGUUGGCGGUUUACCUCUGCCAGGGUGAACUAGCCUUUUUAAUAGAGGGAGGCAGACUAACGUACCCUUUGACAGUGCUCCCAGGCUUUUGUGGGUGGACAACACUUUUCCUCUCCAUGCCACACAGACUUUGUCAUCAAAAUGGACAGACUUCCUCUCUUAUCAGAGUAUGCAUUGUGAAGGCCAAUAUCACCAUGGAAACUAGAGAACACCAGUUAGUUUUCUACUUGGAAGACAGAACACCAAACACUAUUGGUGCCAUAGCCUGGAGGCUCUAACGCCAUUGACUCUUAUGCCUGGCGGUUCUAACACCAGUGACUCUCCAGCCUGGCGGUUCUAACACCAGUGACUCUCCAGCCUGGCGGUUCUAACACCAGUGACUCUCCAGCCUGGCGGUUCUAACACCAGUGACUCUCCAGCCUGGCGGUUCUAACACCAGUGACUCUCCAGCCUGGCGGUUCUAACACCAGUGACUCUCCAGCCUGGCGGUUCUAACACCAGUGACUCUCCAGCCUGGCGGUUCUAACACCAGUGACUCUCCAGCCUGGCGGUUCUAACACCAGUGACUCUCCAGCCUGGCGGUUCUAAAACCAGUGACUCUACAGCCUGGCGGUUCUAACACUAAUGAUUCUACAACCUGGUAGUUUUAACACAAAUUACAUUCAGUCCAUUACUAAGUGUCUAAAUGUGAUUUACUUUUGGGGACCACACUGCUUAGGUUCCCCUGUCGAUGGAGGGAACUGACAUUGACUGAGAAUUCUCUUAAGUACAUGAUUUACAGCACAGAACUUUGCAGAAGCAGACCAUGUUGGACUGUAGUUAUUGCAGGUUUUCCCCAGAAGUGCCAGCGGAAACGGGACAGGGCAGAACUGAAGAGUGAAAAGCCCACAUCCUCCUUUCUGUUCCCCUUUUGCUAGGUUGUCCUAGUUUCUCCGAUGAUUGGUUGGAAUGAUGGACUUUGACAAAGCUCUCUGAGGCUGUUAGCAGUAAUACACAUCUGUAUAUUUGACACUUUGACAUUUGUUGGACUCCCUCCCUCCAUCCAUACUCAGAAAAAACUAACAAGAUGCAUGUUGUCAUCCCACCCCCCAAUUUCCGUCUUGGGUAAAACGCAUGAGGGAAAGCGUGUUGGUUUUCCUAAAUGCGAAGCAAACCAAGUAUUACGGUACCUUUAACGCUAGUCAGGGUGACUGAAACCGUUUCACAGCCACUGAUGCGAACACCACAACCCUGCUGGCUUAAAUGACAUGGAACUUUUAAAAUCCACUGCAUGCUGCCGGAUGCUGAAACACUCGCGUACAUUAACACUAAAACACCCAACACCCAGCCAAUGAGGCAGCACACUACUUGAAGCAAUCCAAGAGUUUAUUUUUUUAAUUAUUAUUGUUGUUAUUUUCUGUUUUUAUCCAUUUAUCUAACUUUGUGUUUUUGAAAAUUAAACAUAUGCUUUCGAAAAACUGUACUCCACAGGAUAAAGGCUGUUGAUACCUGAAGUAUCCACAUAUGGUGCCAUUAUUUGGGACAUAGAUGUUGGGUAUUAUUGAUUUGGAUGAUAUUGAGAGAGGACACUCCUGUAUGUAGUCUGUGUACACAUUGUGCCAAGGGUUGAAUGGCCAAGCUAACUGCAGACUUGUACGUCCAGUUUUUUGUCAAGGGGUGUCUUGAAGACGCUAUGCCUGACAUUCUGUUUGGUUUCUUCAAGGCCUGUGAUUGGUUCCUGUUAACUCCUCCCAGAAAUAUCGUUGGGGCUGUACCUGAUAACACUUUGUUGACAAUUCCAACCGCCUUAACUCAUUGUUAACGCUGCACCUGUUGGUUCAGUCUGAAAAUGCCCUUAUUUUAAAUGGCGUCUUGUCAACAAAGCACGAUUGGAUCAAAUUCUGGCCAAAUUCCUAUUCUGUUUUUCAGUUGGUGGCCCUGGACUGUCCUUGCUCACGAAAACCCCCUUAAAGGUCAAUCGUUAUCCUGUACUCUUAAUUCCUGUUGUUUCUUUGCUGUUUUGCCUUAUUACCAGACUUGUCCACUAAGGACUUGUAAAAUCAAAAUUCUAAUCGUAUAAUUAUCGAAUAACUUCACAGAUACUUCAUAUGGGUAAUAAAGUAGGCCUAGCUAUUGAUCUGCUUGUCAUUAUGUAUAAAAGUUGUAACACUUGUGAGUCAAACAGGGGAUAGAUGAUAAUUGCGAUAACAAAUUGUGAGGUGCGGGCUUUUGUCAGAACUGGUCUUUCUUUCCAUAUAUCAGUAGGUCCGGGUCCCUCUAGAUGUUUACUCCCUGUGUCCCAAAGGGCCAUUCUAGCCAUGGGAGCAGUUUGUACUCACAUUGGGAGAACCUCCUUGUUCGUGUUCCUUCCUUCUCUUCUCACCUCAUGUAUAGUUUUUAUGGACCCCAGGAUUAGUGGCUAACAAGCAUCCUAAAUGCCCCUCAUCCCACUCUUAGCUUAAUCCAGGCCUGCUUUUUAUCCUGUGUCAUCAUGUUGUUUCAAUUCAAUUAAAAUGCCAGAGAUUAAGAAACA